AUGAGUUCAUCCCAGUGUAGAUUCUAUGAAAACAAGUAUCCCGAAGUGGAUGAAGUUGUUAUGGUCAACGUGCAAGAAAUUGCUGAGAUGGGGGCCUAUGUUAAGUUAUUAGAAUACGAUAACAUCGAAGGAAUGGUAUUAUUAUCUGAAUUAUCAAGAAGAAGAAUCCGUUCCAUUCAAAAAUUAAUCAGAGUAGGUAAAAAUGAAGUAGCAGUUGUUUUAAGAGUUGAUAAAGAAAAAGGAUAUAUUGAUUUAUCCAAGAGAAGAGUCAGUGCUGAAGAUAUCGUUAAAUGUGACGAAAGAUAUAAUAAAUCUAAAGCUGUUCACUCAAUUUUAAGACACUGUGCUGAAAAAUUUAAUAUCUCUUUAGAAGAAUUAUAUGAAACUAUUGGAUGGCCUUUGAGUAGAAAAUAUGGACAUGCUUAUGAUGCUUUUAAGAUCUCCAUUACUGAUCCAUCAGUUUAUGAUGUCAUUGAAAAUUCCAAUCCAAAAAUAUUAGAAGAAUUAAAAUUAUAUAUUAGUAGAAGAUUAACUCCUCAAGCUAUAAAGAUUAGAGCUGAUGUUGAAGUAAGUUGUUUUAGUUAUGAAGGUAUUGAUGCUAUUAAGAAAGCAUUAACUGAAGCUGAAUCUGUUUCAACUGAUCAAAUGCAAAUUAAAGCUAAAUUAGUAGCUGCUCCUUUAUAUGUUAUAUCAGUUCAAGCUUUAGAUAAAGAUCAAGGAAUUGAAAUUUUAAACCAAGCUAUUGCAAAAAUAACCACAUCAAUUGAAUCUUCAGGUGGUCAAUGUAAGAUUACUAUGGCUCCAAAAGCUGUUACUGCUACUGAAGAUGCUCAAUUACAAGCAUUAUUAGAAAGGAAGGAAGCUGAAGAGAAUGAUUCUUCUGAUGAAGAUGAUGAAUAG